AUGCGGCGUCUAUUCCUGCCUACCGUAACCCUCAUCCUCCUCUUGAUUCUUCAAACUACAGUAACCCGGGCGGAUUACUGUGGCGAGCACAAAGUGCCAUUCGGAAUGGAAGUGCACAAGAAUGGAAAUGUCAAUAUUUUGUGUUCGCGGCCGAAUUGUCACGAGAAGAAAUAUGCGGAAUGCCCAGAGCGUGCCACAUCAACAUCAUGCUCCACCAACUCCUCUUGGGUGGGCGGAGUCACUCAACACUCGGAUGGCGGUCUCAGAUUGAUGUGUUGUGAAUAUGACCUUCUACCGGUGUACUCGACGAUUCAAUAUCAGAAACUGCAAAUCCGUCGUGGCGAGUACUUCGAAGGUGACGAACAAAUGGACGGGGAUACUGUAAUCUCAUUUGAUCUCAUCGGAGACAUUGAACAAAUCAAAGAACCUGAUGGAAAUUUCUCGUACAAUCUUUUGAUCUACCGAUAUCAUUGUGGAAAUAUUCCGGACACCCCACCGGCGUGGUACAUGAAAAAACAGUGGCCGUAUUGGGACAAGGAACAGUGA